AUGACGAGAAUUCUGCGACCGGUAGCCGAGUUGGCAUCAAGACACAAUCAUUCCAUCAACCACUACCACUCCAUCAAACUCACCAACCCCCCCACAACUCCACCAAAUCACCACUCUACCCACCAACCUCACCACUCCACCAACCCCCACCACUCCACCAACCUCCACCAUUCCACCAACCUCCACCAAAUCCACCACUCUAAACUCACCAAACCUCCACCACUCCACAACCCCCCACCACUCCACCAACCUCCACCACUCCACCAACCCCACCACUCCACCAAACCACUCCAACCUCCACCACUCCACACCUCCACUCCACCAUCUACACACACCAACCUCCCACCACUCUUCAAACCCCACCACUCCACCACACCACCAACCUCCACCACUCCACCAACCUCCACCAAAUCCACCACUCUAACACUCCACCAACCUCCACCACUCCUUCAAACCUCCACCACUCCACCACACCACCAACCUCCACCCACAAUCCACCACUCAAACACUCUCAACCAUCCCACUCCAACCAACCUCCACCACUCUUCACCACUCCACCACCCAAUCCCCACUCCACCACCUCCACCAAAUCCACCACUCUAA